AUGCGUUUCGCUGUCGCUGCCUCCGGCCUCGUCGCCGUCGCCUCUGCCAGCCUCCAGGGCUACGCUCCCCCCGCAGGAUAUGCGCCUGCGUCCAACGCGACCUCGGCCGCUCCACCAAGCUACGUGACGGAGGUCCUCACUUCGUACACCACCUACUGCCCUGGCCCAACCAGCAUCACCCACAACGGCGUCACUUACACCGUGACUGAGGCUACUACCCUCACCAUCACCAACUGCCCGUGCACCGUUACCAAGCCAGCCUACUCGUCAGUCGUGUCCUCCUGCUCCACAUGCUCCACCCCAGCUGCCCCAACUACUCCAGCUGCCCCAUCCUACCCAGCCUCGAGCCCAGUCUCCCCAGUCGCUCCGUCGAGCCCAGUCGCCCCAGCUCCAUACCCAUCCGGCAACGCCACCGUCCCAGCCUACACUCCACCAGCCACUGGCACCGGUGCCUACACCCCACCGGCCUCGACCAGCCCAAUCGCCCCAGGCUACACUGGUGCCGCCAGCAAGGCCUCGUUCGGCUUUGCCGGUCUCUUGGCCGCCGCUGGUCUCGUUGCCGCCCUCUAA